UCUGCCGUUUAGUCCAACAUGCUAGGGAAUGCUGUCGAGGUAUUCUGAGGUUUUGUCUAACGCAGUGCGACUAGCUAAGUAGCUGUUCAGGCACUCUAUGCAUUCUGACUGUCUCGAUACCCACUGCUGGAUUCAGAUCGGGCGUGUGCCGAAUUAUUAUCUCAUGUGCCCGGCGUUCAAUGCUCUUCUCAGUUCAGUCGGCGGCUGCUCAUGUUUCAUAGGCGAGAGUCGCGCGGAAUGCUCUAAGACAAUUCUAGACCGUAUGUCAUUAGCAGGACCGAUUCAGUCAGCACCAUGCCUGGUUGGCUUUGACAGAGGCAAGAUAGUAUGUUCCUAGUGGUUGUAUGGUCGUAGGGGUGAUUUCACAUUCAUACGCGCUACAGAAUUUUCACAUGCACGACGUUAUAGUCGUACACAAGACUGGACGUUUUCUAGACAGGGCAAAGUAUGCAGGGCCGAGAAUGCGUGGAUGGAAGUCGUUAGGACGGAAUAGCCUCAGGUGAUCGUUUUCCGAGUAGCCUCGGAAUAUCAAUUAUUUCGUGACCGAUUCUUUUAAAAUGCUCGUAACGCUGGAGAAUGCUGUCUACGUUCCUGUAACGAGGGAAUCGGGACGCAAAAGGAGAGGAGUAUUGCGAGGGCGGGAGAGAAAUCACAAAAAGGCUGUGAAAAAAGACUGCAAUGUCAUUCUGCGUAGAAGGAGCGCGGGAGUCGGGUGGCGCGCAGCACGCAUUCUGUGCUGCUCUCUGCUGGCGGCUUGCCACGUGGCCGCCCUCGUUACGGUCACCCGAGCAGAGCCAGCUGAGGUGCAGCACACAGGGCCGCUGCUAGGCCGAGUGGGCCAGCUGCAGCAGCAGCUGCACCACCAGCUGCCGCCCUCUGAUGGGUCAACCCAGCCACUGCCUUCAGAAGCCUCGGGCCAAGUUCUGCUCUCAGAGGGAUCGGAUCAGCGAGGGCUUUUGCCAUCAGGCGGAUUGGAAAUGCGUGGUGGGGGGGGGAUGGGGCGAGGUGAGGAGAGGCAAGGAGUGGACCAUGGAGGAAUUGUGCCGGAGGGGGUUGUCCCUGACGCCCUUGAUAACAGCAUUCCAGGGGCCUUUCGAAUGAGUCCCGAGCGCUUGCAGCUACCUCUGGAGGCCCUUCCUCACGCCAUCGAUAGCAGUGAGCAGAAGAACGUCAUGCUCGCAUUCCGAGAGCGGUUUGACAAAUUCGGCGACCUCAUUCAGUGCCACGGCCCCGCCUGUCCCAGCUUCUCGCCCUGCGGCCCCGCCUACCCCAACGUGGACGCCUGCUGGAACGCGGAGCUCGACGCCCCCCUGCUGCUGCCGGCCCGCGCGCCUCUCAACUGCCCCAAGACGUUCACCCUGAAGAAACAGCGAUUUGCGUGGCAGAACCUCGACAGGACAUGCUCGCACCCGCGAGAUUUCAACCCGAGGGAGCCGUCAGCGAUGCAGGUAUUUCGUCUGCAUGACGUCAUGGUUUCCCACAAGGGCUUUGUCUUCAACGCCUCUCACCGCUUUGUGCACCAGGGCUGCAAGCGCUUUGAAAAGUACUCCUACCCCCAGGGUCAGAAGGUGCAUCGCAUCAAGGUAGCAUUCGACUGGGGCUACACGCAGGGCGGCAACUUCUACCACUUCCUCGUGGAGGCCAUCCCCUCGUUCUUCCUGGCUGCUGCUGCGCUUCCCGGCCUCAGGGAUAUUCCUAUCUUUGCAGAGCGCUUCCAGUGGGGCCUGUACGACAGCAUCGGGCACAUCUUCAUCGGAGUGAAUCAAACGGACAUGAGAGCGGUGAAAGUAGGUGCAGGGGACCUCUUUCACGCCGACACACUCUACGUGCCCAUGCUGCAGGAGUGUGGGGCGCCCAACAAGGCUCUCUGGAUGGAGUUGCGGCGGCGCCACCUGCUGCACCCGCGGGGCCUGCCUCUUUUCAAUCCGGACUUCUCCUACCACUGGCGCCGGCCGCUCUCCUACCAGCAGCUCAUCCUCCUGCCGCCUGACUGGGUGGUCGUGCUGGCCCGCCGCCCCACUUUAAAGCGCUCCAUUUCCAACUUUCAGGAGGUUAAGGAGGCGGUUCUGGCGACGUUUCCCCCGGAGAGGGUUGUGGUGUUCAAUGGCUCGCUGCAGCUGCUGCAAGCACGCGCUUUGUUCCGCCGAGCUCGUCUCUUUGUGGGCGGCCAUGGGGCAGCGCUCUCCAACCUCAUCUUCAUGCCCGUCAGAUCGCACCUCCUGGAAAUACGCCCUGACAAUUGCCCCAAUCGGUGUUACAACAGUCUCGCUUAUGCAUGCUCGAUAAAGUAUUAUUUGCUGUUUAGCAAAGGGACGUGUGACUCCACUGUAAUUGCUGACGUGCCUAGACUACAGAGGACCCUAAAAGCCAUCGCCUCAAGUCUAAAGAAUGAGGAUGCCACACUUGGACGAGCUUGGGAACCUGCUUAAUAAAGUGUUUUGCCCUUUUGUCUUCUACUAUUUCAUUGCAAG